AUGGGCGGUGUAGGGCGCGACGUGUACUUAGGUGCGGUCGUGCGAAGUGGAUGGGUGUUUCCCGCGGGGCUAUGCCGGAUAGGGCCUCCCAUACCGGACAGGCCCGCGGGAAGCACCAGCGGACCCUGCGGGGUCGGAGGAUGGCGGCCUGCUAGGCCGCGAGGGAUGGGGACCUCACCCCGUAUCAAAGGCGGUUUCCGGUGUCCGACAACACUGGACACGUAUGCAAUGGCAAGUUUGAAAGACGAUUUACCCCAGGAGGGUACCUCCAGCUUAGCUGGAGGAGAAUCCCUCCCCGCGGCCUCGGCCGCGGGCUGCCCCUCGUAUUCUGGGGGGGGCAAAAACUGCCUGACGGAUACAACGACGACCUUGGCUACGAAGAUGGACUCUGAAGCACGUGAUUGGGCAAUGAGGAAGGAGAGGGAGAAUCGCAGGAUGGAGUGCGAUGCGUCGGAUUCCGACGACACCCCCAUCAUCGUGUCGGAGUGGUUCGGGGCGAAAAGACCUCGCCUCAGCGACUGCUCGACAGAUGACGACCGGGCGACAUCCCCAGCGACGAGAAAGUGGCGCCAGCAGGAGAAAAAGGCGGCUGCCAAAGCUCGGGCCGCGAGCAAGGAGGAGGACCUGGAGAAGGAGACAGGUCUUGCUCGCUUCCGGCGUGAGACGCGGGCCGCACUUUUCCCUCGUCCGGCAGCUGGAGGAGAAAGAUGCGCCGCACAGCUACAGGAGCAGGUGCGGGAGGACUUGGAGGUGAUCGCGAAAGUGGCCACCAAGUCCUCCAGUCUGAAGGGCACCUUCGUGCGGGCCUUAAAGGAUGCCGCGGCAUCCAUCAAGGAUGCUGUGGAAGUCCUUGGGGCCCGCACGCAAACGGAAGAGACAAAGCAGCUUCAGGAAGACAACGUCCGACUGCGCGCCGAGAUGGCUGCACUUCGCAUGGAGCUCGCUGAGAUAAAGGAAAGCUUGCGGAAACGGGGUUCCGCGAGCCACUCCGACCCGGAUGUGACGAUGGAGGCCGCCCCCGCAUCACGGCCCCCACAAUCAACACCGAGCGAGACGCCCUCCGUGGAGGAGAUCUGUCGCGCAGUGAUGGUCCAGGUCGGCGGGAUGAUGAACGCCCGCCUGGCCUCACUGGAAGACAGACUUCUCCCGGAGAAGAACCUGCGGCCGCCUCUCGCGGCCGACAAGAGGAGGGGCGAGGGCACCUACGCUGCCAAACUCGCCCGGCAGCCACCCCAACUGGCUGCUCAACCUGGCCCCAGCGGCACUCAACGCAGGGCCCCACCGAUGCCGCAACAUCGCCCGUCGGGUCCUGCCCAGAGCCGACCUGCGACCCAGGGUACGUCUUCCCCCCCUGGCGGAGAAAAGAAGAAGAAGAGGAAGAAAAAUAAGAAAAAGAAGAAGCAGAAGGCUUCGCCACCCGGGCAGCAGCAGUCGCAGCCCGCGGUGGGCGAAUGGAUUAAGGUGGGCCCCAGAAAGCGGCCCAAAGAGAAGAGGGGCGUCGACAAGCUCCACGCGCCUCGGUCGUCUGCGGUGACCAUAACGCUGCAGCCCGGCGCGGCGGAGAGCGGGGUCACAUACGCCAGCAUCAUCGCCUCGGCAAAGGCGAGGAUCAACCCAGCUGACUUCGGAGCCCAGGGAGUUCGCCUUCGGAAGGCCGCCAACGGGGGACGCGUGUUUGAGUUCCCGGGCGCCUCCAGUGGCGAGAAGGCGGACUCCCUGGCCCAGAGGCUGCGGGAGGUCCUCGAUGGGGGUGUCGUCCGCGUCGCCCGGCCCGUGAAGACGGUGGCCCUACGGGUGGCGGGGUUGGACGACGCCACCACCGCUGCCGAGGUGGUCACCGCAGUUGCCGCAGCGGGCGGGUGCCCAGCUGACCAGCUGAGAGCGGGGGCGAUGUCGACCGGCCGCGACGGACUGGGAUCAGUCGUGGUCCAGUGUCCCGUCGCGGCGGCGAAGAAAGUCGCGACCGACGGUCGCCUGCUGGUUGGGUGGGUGUCCGCCCAGGCAAGACUUAUGGAUCCCCGCCCCUCUGUGUGUUACAGGUGCCUGGCUCCAGGUCAUCUGUCCGGCCAGUGCCAGGCGGUGGUGGAUCGCUCCGGGGUGUGCUUCCGGUGCGGUCAACCAGGGCACAAGGCCCGCGGAUGCACGGCGGUGCCUCAUUGCAUCGUCUGCGCCGCGGCCGGUGCCCCUGCGGAACACCGCGCCGGGAGCAAGGCGUGUGUUCCUCCCCCCAAAGGGAGGAGAUCAAGGAAGGCAGGAGGGGACGGUCCGAGCCAGACGGCCGGACAAUCCUCGGACCCACCCCCACAGGCAGCGGUGCCUGGGGCUGAGGAGGUUGCUAUGGCCAUCGAAUAA